AGACAGGAAAUAACUCGGAAGUCUUUACGACUUAAAGGAUGUUUUGAAUUUUAGAUCUGUGGACUGCUCUCAAUUCUCAAUACUGAAAACAUUCCUAUUUAUUUAAUACUCUGUGCAAUGUGUGUUGGAGUUUCCCUGCGACGUGAUGUGACAGCUUGCUGACAUUAUGCCAACCACAAACAGAAAGAAGCAGGGGAGGGACACUGCGGUCCAGGGGACCAACGACAGCAGUGUGGUGAGCAAGGUGUCUGCUGCAGCGCGGGGAUACUUCCAGGAUGUUUUCCUCCAACACUUUGUGUGCAAAGUGGCGAGGAGAGCCCCGCUCAUCAACAGGGGCUACUAUGUGCGCUGGAGGGCGGUGGACCACUGUGUGAGGAGGUUCCUGCACAUUACUGAAGACUGCCCCAAGAGACAGAUUCUGUCUCUGGGCGCAGGGUUCGACGCUGCGUAUUUCCGCCUCCACGCAGAUGAAGCUCUGGACAGGACUGUCGUGUUUGAGGUAGACUUUCCAAACGUCACCCGACGCAAAGCUGCCCUCAUCCACUGUAACGCCACGCUGAGGGGGAUGUUAGACCCACAUCUACCUUCUCCUGCAGGAGCUGCGUACGUGUCCAGUGGUCGGUACCAUCUGCUGGGGGUGGAUGUUAGAGAGGAGUCCCAGCUGGAGGAGGCUCUGGGUGCAGCUGGGCUGGACUGGGCUGCCCCCACUCUAAUUCUGUCUGAAGUGGUGCUCACCUACAUGGAAACACGUUGGUCAGAUGCCGUCAUUAGUUGGGCGGCUAAGCUCCUUCCACAGUCCCUCUUUGUUCUGUACGAGCAGAUGCAUCCACACGAUCCCUUCGGUCGGAUAAUGCAAGAUCACUUCCUGAAACUAAAUUCAACUCUACGCGCCCUGCGACAAUACCCAGACACUGCUGCACAGAGGCGCCGCUUCCUGAGCAAGGGCUGGGAGCAGUGUGUGUGUCUGGAUAUCAACGACUUCUACCUCGGGCUGGUCCCCGAGGACGAGCGACGCAGAGUGGAGAGCCUGGAGCCUUUUGAUGAGUACGAGGAGUGGCACCAGAAAUGUUCCCACUACUUCAUUCUUUCUGCAUCUCGAGGCUCGUUGAUGUCACGGGCUUUACUCACACCUGCUGCAGUGUCUCCUCUGCCGUCCAUUUCUCCGUCCUGGAGGCCUCCGGCCCUGACGCUGCGGACCACAGCAGUGUGUGUGGAGGGCCUGGGGAUGGCUUCCAGCUCGCUGAGCCCGGGGCAGGUGCUGCUCACAGGAGGCUCCAGCAGAGGAGGCCGAGGGCCGCUGACCCGGGUCCUCCUCAGGGGCCGGGAGGGCUGGAGAUGUGUCGGUGUGAAGCCAUCAGGAGAUUUGGGUGUUCGACUCCACCACACUGCUUCCUCUCUUCCUGGAGGAGGAGUUGUGGUACACGGCGGUCGCUCCUCUCCUCUCAACCCAGCCAGAGGCCUCUUCAGAGUCACCCUGGACCCCGGCGGUCCUCCUGGUCCUCUGGACGCAGGGGGCCGAGACACGGGGACACUUUGUGUGGAGCAGAUGGUCUGUACGGGGGAGCCGCCGCCGCCAAGAUGGAGGCACACUGCUACUGUAGUGCGUCACAGAGGCGAAGACUUUCUGUUUGUGUUUGGUGGAAAGAAUGAAUCGCAGGCCGCUCUGGGUGACGGCUACUUCCUGUGUGUGGAGCAGCAGCACUGGACCGAGAUCCCAGUCGAGGCCGCAGCACCAGAGGCUCGUCACUCCCACUCAGCAUGUUCCCAUCAGGGGGGCGUGCUGCUGUUUGGGGGACUAGACAGAAGGGGCGUGCCACUGGGGGACACACAAGUGUUACGGCCCUCUGACAGAGGCUUCUCCUGGGAGAGAGUAGAGGUGCAGCCCCCUCCUGUCCCCAGGUACUCUCAUUCUGCCCAUGUGAUCGGUGAGAAGCUGCUUGUGGUCGGUGGAGUUUGGCUGCACUCAGAUGGAGUACCAGGUGUCGUCAUGAUCAACCUCACCACGCGCAGCAGCGUGGAGUUCAGCCUGGACACGACCUCGGUGCCUUGGCCUCUGAUGCUCCACUCAUUCUGCUCUGAGCUGAUGGACUCAGAGGAAGCAGAGCUGCUGCUGAUGGGAGGAGGAGGAAACUGUUUCUCUUUUGGGACUCACUUCAACCUUCAGCCCGUCACUGUGGACCUCAGACCUGCGCUGGGCUGAAGCAGCUGUCAAUCAAACUUCAACUGAGACAAUGAGUGCAACCAUCAGACAUCAGUCAGGAUGGAACUGAUACAUAUUUGGGAUGAAGCUGCAGCGAUUAGUCGACGUAAUGAAAGUAAUGUUUCAUGCAAAAGACUCAAUUAAGGAGAUUUGCUGCUUUUCUCUGUUUUAUAUCAUAAAAAAGUGACAAAACAAGACAUUUAAUCACCUGGGAUGAACUCUUUCACUAUGUUAUGACAUGUUAUCGAAAAUAAUCUGCAGAUAAGUCGAUAAUAAAAAUAAUGUUUAGUUACAGUA